ACUUUAAUAUACACUCAUUUGUACAUAUAGGUAUAUAUAUGAAAUACAAUUAAAAUAUUUUAUAAUAAGUAUUUCUAUACAAAAUAUAUACAUUAUCGUUAUCAAAUCAGUAUUAUUGUCAAAAACAAAACAAUUAUUUGUAUAUAUUUAAUGAAUUGCCAAUGUCAAGAAUCACAAAAAAAAAAUGUUAUCAAGAAGUUGGGGGAAACUUUAAAAGAUUCUUACGAUAUUUAAUAUGUAACACGCUAUCACUUUCAAGCAUCAUUGAAAUCUAAAAAAAAAAGAAAUCAAACUGUAAAAAAAUUGAAGAGAAAAGAUUGUUCUAUUUAUAAAAUAAGAAAAAAACAUAAAAAAUUUUAAACAUGAGUUUCCCAGCACAUUGGGGUGUCGGGCGUAUGCCUGUUCCACCAACAAGUGAUAUAUUGGCAACUAUAAGUAUGUUCGAACAACAAAUAAAGUCUGAGCCAAUGGCAUUUUAUGCACCACCGCCACCAAAUAUGGUACAACAAGUAAGACCACCAGAUCCACAAAUAACGACAGUAGCUGCAACACCACAACAACAAGCAGUACAACAACAGACAGCACAACAACAAGCAGCAGCUGCAGCAGCGGCAGCAGCACAGCAACAGGCAGCAGCAGCAGCACAACAACAGCAUUCAACUACAGCAGCUGGCCAUCAGCAAGGACAAGCAGGUCAACAGGCGACAUCACAAACGGCACAAACAAAUCAACAUCAACAGUCGGUAAUUACAAUGAUCGAUAAUAAAAAUAAUGUCAUCCACCCACAAAUACUGAUCGUAAGAAAUGCUGCCACUUCAGGAAUAGAUAUACGUGAAGUACGUGAAUGGAGGGCAAGAAUAAACGAUGUACAAGAUCCACAACAAUCUGAUGAGGCCCAGCCAUCCAGUACACCAUUAUCAACUGUUUCGGAUGGACCAAAACCCGAUAUAUCAAAUGUUCAGACAAAUGGCUUACCCAUAUCAAUUACGACAACAUCAACAACAUCUACUAGUCAAUCUAGAAGUAAGCCACAAGCAUGUAAAAUUUGCGGAAAAAUGCUAUCAUCAGCUAGUAGCUAUUAUGUUCAUAUGAAAUUACAUUCAGGGACGAAGCCAUUUCAAUGCACGGCUUGUGAUGCUGCAUUUUGUCGUAAACCAUAUCUAGAAGUACAUAUGAGAACGCAUACUGGUGAAAGACCAUUUCAAUGCGAUCUCUGCCUAAAAAGAUUUUCUCAAAAAUCAUCUUUAAAUACUCAUAAAAGAAUUCAUACAGGAGAACGUCCGUUCCAGUGCGGCGUCUGUUUGAAGACAUUCACACAGAAGUGCGCCUUAACAUUGCAUUCACGAAUUCAUACGGGUUAUUGGAGCAUGCAUAAACCGUUCCAGUGUACUCAAUGCAGUGCUGCAUUCUGCAGAAAACCUUAUUUAGAAAUUCAUAUGAGGACACAUACGGGAGAACGUCCGUUCCAGUGUGAAACAUGCCUUAAAAGAUUUACCCAAAAAUCUACACUAAAUAUUCACAAACGGACGCAUUCUGGUUAUUGGAGCAUGCACAAACCGUUCCAGUGUACUCAAUGCAAUUCUGCAUUCAGCAAAAAACCUUAUCUUGAAAUCCAUAUGAGGACUCAUACGGGAGAACGUCCGUUCCAGUGUGAAACAUGCCUUAAAAGAUUCACCCAAAAAUCUACAUUGAAUAUUCAUAAACGGACGCAUUCUGUUCAAGAUCGACCAUUUCAUUGUGAACAAUGCCCUGCCGCGUUUGCUAGGAAACCUUAUCUCGAUAUACAUAUGCGAACUCAUACAGGUGAAAGACCGUUUGCUUGUGAUAUAUGUGGAAAACGUUUUACACAAAAAUCUUCACUAAAUAUUCACAAAACUGUGCAUACUGUAGGGAUACGACCAUUUCAAUGCACAUUAUGUCCGGCCGCAUUUUGCCGGAAGCCAUAUCUGGAUAUUCAUCAACGUACACAUACAGGCGAGAGGCCAUUCGAGUGUGAUGUAUGUUUAAAACGAUUUUCACAGCGAUCUACACUAAAUAUACACAAAAGAAUUCAUACAGGUCUAAGACCUUUUCAGUGUACAACAUGCUUAAAAAGUUUCUCACAGAAGUGUGCAUUGAAUUUGCAUAUGCUCAGUCAUACAUCCGUUCAGGGACGCCCAUUCCAGUGUGAACAGUGUCCUGCAGCAUUUUAUCGGAAAACCUACCUAGAUAUACAUACGCGAAUGCAUACUGGUGAAAAACCAUUUUCUUGUGAUGUAUGUGGCAAAAGAUUUACUCAAAAAUCGACAUUAAAUAUACACAAAAGAAUUCAUACAGGUGAACGACCGUAUGCUUGUGAUAUUUGCAAUAAAACGUUCGCAGUUAAAAGCUAUGUUACAGCACAUAGAUGGUCCCAUGUUUCUGAAAAACCUUUAAGUUGUGAUCGUUGUUCAAUGACAUUUACUAGUAAAACACAAUUCGCUGUUCAUAUUCGUACCCAUUCAGCUGGUCCAAAUUUUGAAUGCAAUGUUUGUGGAAGAACAUUUAUAAGAGAUUCAUAUUUGAUUAGACAUCAUAACCGAGUACACCGACAAGAAAGAACAACUGCUAAUAGUAUACAAACUAUAAACGAUGUAGCAUCUGGGGCUGGUAGCACACCAGAAUCUGGUGAAGUUUACGAUUCGAAUAGCUCGCAAGUUUGCGAUUUAAGAUAUGUCUCAGAUUUAAACAACAUUAACUCAUCACCAGCCGUUUCACAAAUAUCAUCACCAAGUGAAUCAAGAACUAUAGCGCUAAGUAACCAGGAAGGAUCUCGAACUACAACAACAUUAACAAUAAAUGAUGCAAAUGGUAUGAAUAUUAAUGAUCGUAUAAUGCAAGACCGUACAAUACAUGAACGGCGAGCACUACAAGAACGAAUAGCUUUACAAGAUCGUGCAUUACAAGAACACAGAGCUUUACAAGAAAGAGCCAUACAAGAAAGAAUUAUUAAUGAACGUGGUACUCUCCAUGGGAGAGUCCUUCAAGAUCGUGUUCUAAUACAUGAAAGAAAUUUACAUGCACCAAUUACAUUACAGCAACAAGGACAUGUUAAUAUAACUAUAGCACAUGAUAAAUAAUAGAUUGGUAUAAACUAAAACAGUUAUGACUAAUCCAGCUCCUGUUAGAUCCUAUAUUUAUAAUAUAAAUAAAAAUUAAACAAAAAUAAAAUCAGAAUAUAAAAAAUAUAAAAAUAAAUAAAUAUAACUUGUAAAAUUUACGAAAAAAAUUAAAAAUAUGUAAAAAUCAAAAUUAAAAGUUAGAAAAUUUCUAUAAAUAAAACAUGUAAUCAAUUUGCAAAAAAAAAUAAUAUAAAAUUAAAAACUAAUAUAGAAAAUAAUAAUAAAUAUUAAAAGUAGGAUAUAAGAAUUUAAAAGUAUUUGUAUUUUUAAUUUUUUUUUUUAAAUAACUUUUAUAAUAAUUUUAUUCGUUGUUUAUUUUUACGGAAUGUAAAAUUAUGAUGAAUUAUUGUUUAAUAUUUUAAAACUCAAAAUUAGUUUAAAAAAAAAAAUAGUCUAUAUAGAGCAGUAAAAUUGUCUUAAGGCUUCGUUUCGUUAUUAUUAAUUCAUUUUUAAAUAAUUUUGUCGAAUUUUAUUUUAAUUAUAGAAUCGUUUUAAUAUAACAUUCAGAAAUAUGUAAUUUUAAUUUUAUUUUGGCAGCUUUCAAUUGAAAAUGUUAAGACUGCUACAAUAAAAUUUAUUGUAAAUAUUUGUUUGUUAUAACAUUGU